AUGAGCGGGCCAAUGAAUGGACACUUCAGAAAAAAGGAUCCCCCGGAAGAGGAACAUCAAACCGACGUGCUCAUUGUGGGGGCAAACACAGGGGGCCUUCUUCUCUCUCUCGACCUUGCACGAAAAAAUGUAAACCACUUGGUGAUAAACUCAUGCUACAAAAACAAAACAGAAAUAAACGCAGAAGACAUAAGUGAGCAUUAUUUACUCUACCCAAGAACGUUGGAAAUUUUUCAUGAUUUAAAUAUCCUCUCAGAGGUACGAAACAGAAGCUUAAAAUUGACAGGAGUUAGUUUCUAUUCUGGAAACAAAUUAAUAAAUCAAACGGACAAAACGUUCUUUCAGAAUUUCAAUGGAUCCACAUCGUACAUGUUAAGUAUAAACAAGACAACGCUGAAUAAUAUCCUGCGAAGAAAAUUGACUUCCAUCAAUUCUCAUGCGGUGCAGGAUAACACCAUCCUGUGGGGGCUCAGGCAGAAGAGUCUCUCCACGUGCAAAAGGGGAAACAGGUACCGUAAAAAUAAAGGAGCUGCUGAUGUGCACGCAUACUUGAACCAUCAACGGGGAACGCAACAUGGGAAGGGGAGAAGAAGAAAUAAAAGCGGAAGCUGGAGCGACGUGAAAAAGAUGUACACCCUGCCCUCCCUCCUUAAGAGGAGGCAAGAAAAAGCCAGCGGCACAAUGGGUGGGGAAAAGAAGGGGAAAAAAAUAAUAACUCGGAGGGGAAGUCCACACAGCAGAAGUAGCGGCAGAAACGGACGAAGCAGUGGCGGCAGCGAAAAUUACACAAAUUGCGUACAGACAGACAUAGAAGAUUCGUUGGACAGAUACACAUUUCAUAGCUCAUCUAGCGAUACGGACUCGAACUCUUCGACCCCUAUGUAUGGCGAUCACUCUACGAAUAGCACCUUCGAAAAUGGCUUCUUUCAAGGUUCCUCGAGGUCCCCCCUAACCAGACUUCCUACUGAGGGUCAUAGGAGGGCUACUCCUACGGUGCAUGUGCGGUUGGUACAGGACCUCAAACGGGAGACAACACACCACGCAGGUAACUAUAUAGACGUGCCCCAUGAUAAUAAAAAAACCGACAGUGGAAUACACAGUACUGUUCAUCCCAUAGUGGGAAAAAGACCGUGGAGAAAAGGUUUUUUUGGGGGGAGGCAAGAAGGGGACAAUAAUGGCGCGGUGGAGAAAAAUGCACACGACAACUCAUCAGGGGACAAACCCAUAAGGGAUGCACCAACGAGGGUCUCACCAACGAGGGUCUCACCAACGGCGGCUUCACGAACGACAGAUACCCACCCAAGUGAGGAACGACCAGAAAAACCCUCGUACUGCUCAAUUAGGAGCAAAUACAUAGUUGGCGUGGAUGGGAGAAAAUCAUCAAUCAGAAAACUGGCAAACAUAAAAAUGGAAGAGAAGACAAGCCAGCCAAUCGAAUACAUAUCUGUUGAUGUCUGCGCCAAAUGGCACAUAAAUAUGAGUCACUACAAUUUGACCCUGGUUCAGUCGGAGCAUGGCUUAGCCACAUGCUUCCCCAUUCUCACUGAUAUGCGAAAUAUUUACAAGCAAAAUUUUUUCUGCAAUGACGAGGCAUUUGCGCACGUAAUUGAACGAACCAAGGACGAGUACACCGUCAAAGGGGACCUCACCCAUGGUGGUUCUUCUCUUAAAUGGGAGCACACUGUUGGGAGAGUGUUUUGUUCGUUUAGGGAGCAACCCACAGACGAGCGGGGCGCACUGGACCAACCGUGUGUACUGCGAAAUGGCCUCACUGGGAGAACUGCCAAGGAGGCUCCUCGCCCCAGCGGCAGAAGGAGGGGGACCGAUCCAUGGCGAAAUGAAGACUCGGACAAUUGGGGAAAUGGCGCCACCGCAGAGGGGGGGUCGCAAAAGGAAUCAAAAACAAGUUCAUGUGGAGCCGCGCAAGAUGAACCUGUGCAGACCCCCAUGGAAAAAUAUCCUCGUGACCCCCACAAGCAGGAAGAAGAAGCGGCGUUUGCCAACUCGCAGAGGUUAGGUCACGACCCUACUGCACCCCUCCCACAUGAAGGCACACCCAAUUUAAUUAAACCACGUGGUGGGUAUGCAGAUAAACUAAGCGAGAAUGGAAUUGACUCGAUUAGAUCCCCCUCUAGUGGCUCAUCAGAGUGUCUAUCCUUAAGGGUACCUCAAAAUUGUCACACCGAACGAGGGAACAACCAAUCCAGCGCGAGCACUCCACACGUGGUUUCUCACAACUCGUUCUUGUCAGAACAAGUGUCCUCUCAAGAGGACCCCUCGGGGUGGGACAAAAAUGGAGCAUCUGAGGGGCACCCCUUUAAGGGGCAUCAGGAUCGGUCUAAUACUGAUGGGGACACAUGGAGGGAAAGCCACGUGGCAGAUAUGGACAGGGUGCAUCCCUUCGAGCCCAAUGAUGAGAAUAAAAUUGAGGGGACAGAUGAAUCUGAAUGGGGACGCCACUCCAAUGCUGCGGGGUGCGAAGAGGGCCCACAGAAAAGUGAUAGCACUGAAAGAAAGAAACAACUCGACGACAGUGGUGUGGGAGAGAAUACAAACGACGGGGAUGCUUUCCCCAAAGGAGAGGAAAAUAAAUGUGCGAAUGGACAAGUCAGGGGGGGAAUUGUACAAGGUGAGGAACUGUCUGGAAGUACCUGCGAAGACGGCCCUGAAGUGGUUUCCACGAAUGGAACUCCACCGAAAAGGAAGCGGCACAUCACGAACGAUCACUCGAGCGGUGAUGCGACUGACCAUAACGCGAACGUGUUCUCCGACGCAGUGAGCAACAACUCAGGGCGCAGCGCCCCCAGCAAUUCAGCGCUUAGCAUACGCAGGGGAGGGUACAACUGGCACUUGACCAUAUGCAGGAGAGCAAACAAACACCCACGUGAGGAAGUGUUAUGUCGAAUGAAAGAGACAAACAAAUUGAAUCACAUGGAAGUCAUCCACUUGAUUGAAAAAAUUUUUCCAAGUGUAAAAAUAUUUUAUAUAUAUAAUUUGAAGACAGGAAUUCACAGGGACCAAAUGUGCCAAGAGUUUUACAAACAGGGGAUCAUCCUAGCAGGGGAGUCCAACUGUUUGUACAACCCCAUGUUUAGCGUAAGCAUUAAUCUAACCGUUCAUGAUGUAUACACCCUUGGAUGGAGAUUAAAGUAUCUUAUUGAUUACAAUUCAUCGCCCAUCCUGCUGGAGGCAUACCAGAAGGAGAGACAAUACAUUUCUCAGAAGGUCUUAACAUGGAGUAGUGAAAUGAUUAAUUUUUUUUUUUUUUUAAACAAUAUAGCAAAUUGCUAUUUUUCGUUUUUCCUGAAUUUCUGUGCCAGGACCAUCAGGAGGUUCACUUCCUCCUGCAACAUUUUGAACCGGGUUUACAAAAAGACGUUUAUGUUACAGAGCGACUACUACAGAGUAGGCCUUGUACACACUUGUGCUCAACUGACAAGAAGGAACUUCAUGUGUGCAGAUCGACCAAGGAACUGCGUCCUCAGAUGUGUUACCUUGUACAGUAACAGCUAUCAGCAAAAUAACACCGUUCGGCUGUAUGACUACCUAGGGGGACAUGCACAUACCUUAAUUUUGUGCAUAUGCCAAAUGAACCCCUCCCGAAUUUGUGCUUGCAAAAUGGGCCUCCCAGGGAGCUGCCCCGAUAUUAUGAUCCCCUUUUCCUCCAAAGGGGGGGCAGGAAGCUCCCACAGCGCAUACUCCAAUCGCGGUUACUCCAACCACGAUGCGGACGCCUUUAACAAGCUCAUGAAAAUUGCGAGACUGACUUACGGUGCCAUGGCCAGGGGAAGACGGGGCUCACCGCUCAGCAUCCUCUGGGUUGUGUGCGGUGAACAAAAAAACGAGUUCGCACGCGGAUACUCUAUCGUCAGUGCGGGCACCGAUACGAACGCGAGUAUCACCCGGAAUGGAAAUGUUCUCUCGGCCAUCCUUUCUAUUGUAUGCCCCCAGAUGAUGCACAGAGCCACCAUCCAGGGUAGGGACUCCCCAAUGAGUGUCCUUCUUACCAAAAUAAGGGCCAACAACAACCUGGGCAAACAAACCAUCCUCUACGACUUCAUGAGCGACUUCCAAAGACAGCUAAACAUCAAGCUAGGUGGGCCCUGCGUUCCAACUGAUUUGUGCAGGUCCAGAUCAGCCAUGUACAUUUUUGUUCGCCCAGACAUGCAUAUAACGCACAUGAAUUAUGUGAACGACGAGAAUGAGGUUACGGCCUUCCUCGAUUACGUGUACAGCUUUUACGGCUAA